AUGAACUGCUGCCUUUUUCCGAAAUCCAAAGUUGAGACCUCCAUAAGCACGACUAAUGGUAAUUUUUUUGGGAUAUAUCACUUAUUCUUUUGUUCUUUCUGGCGGUGAUUUACUGUUCAUAGCCCAUAGUAUUGAGGAAUGCCGCGUACUAUUUUUUUUGUGCUUUUGUGAUGGAGAUAACUUUUUGAUGUCUCAAUUAUUUUAUUGCUGAAGUGAUUAUGUCGGUUAGGAACUUGCUAUGACGUUGAUGCCGGAGGUUUUGACUGAUUACUUUUGGUUUUGCUUGGCUCAGAUAGUCCGUCUAAAGUCGUCUGCAUCCUUGAAAUUCUUCAUGAGCCUAGUACCUGAGCAUGUUACACAAACUUAUGAAAAUGUUGAGUUUUGUUAAACAAUCGAUGGGGAUAUUAAUUCUCGGUUAGUGAAAUUACAACCUGGAAGGUUGAGUUUGCCUGCACUGUGCAACACCAUUCUGCACAUUGCAAAGUGUGGUUCACAGGGUUUCCCUGAAUGUCUAAACUUUUCCUUGUCCUCAUCUAGUACAGGGCUCAGAGUUCUUAACCUUCGCAUGCAGACUUUUUUUGAUGGCAUGGGCCUCUCAAGAGGGCAGUAAUGUGGUCCCUUCAUUAACUGUGGUGGAAUCUUUUUCUUAUCCAUGGGAAGAAGAUUCAUUUAAGGGAAGCACGCAGUAGAGUCGUACUAUCUCAAUGAGUCUCUUACUGAAUAAUCUUAAACGUUAAAUAAUACUUGAUUGAUUUCAUCAUUUGCAUAUAAUGAAAAUGAUAUUCAGGAUAUUAAUAUUGUUAAAAAAAUUCACCAUGGUUAAAAUAAAUAAGUGAUGAUGAUAUAGCAAUCUGCAUAGUCAGAACCAUUAUUUUGUCUUCCUAUUUCAAGAUUUUAUCUUAUUGUUUUUUAGAGUCUUAAGCUUAAGAGUUGUGCUCGAGAGAUAGAACAAUCACAAUAUUGUGUUUGUACGCGUGACUUUUGCUAAUCUAAAUUUUCAUCAUAAUGCUAGAUGCAAGGUACUACGAACAGUUUUUUUCUGGUUUAUGUUCUUGCAUUGCUGUUUACAGGGAAAUGUAGUCAUGGUCAAUACUUGGAUCUCUAGACAUUAUUUAUGGAGUUUUUUCAGAGUAUCAAGUGGUUUUCCUUGAAUAUUAUCUAUUCAUAAAAAAAGCACAAGAAAUUAAUUAAGACGAAUGUUUUUUUCCUUCUGUGUUAAGCAGAGAGCAAGUCAACAAAUGAGAGCAGUAGAGACCACCCAUCUGCUCAAGUUGCUUCUGGCUCUACAACCACGAGUAAUGCAGAAAGCAGUUCUUCAACCUCCAAAGCUGGUGAAGAUCUAAAAAUUGCAUCUCAGCUUCGGAAAUUUAAUUUCAAUGAGCUGAAAUCUGCCACCAGAAAUUUUCGACCUGAGAGUCUUCUUGGUGAGGGGGGUUUUGGCUGCGUUUUCAAGGGAUGGAUUGAGGAGAAUGGAACUGCUGCUGUGAAACCUGGUACUGGGCUCACUGUUGCAGUCAAAACUCUUAACCAUGAUGGUCUGCAAGGACACAAAGAAUGGCUGGUAUUUCUUUUAACCUUGUUGAAAAUGUUUUGUUUCCAUUUCUUAUCUCAAGAGAGUUGCGCCUAGAUUUCUUGGAUUUUUGUUUACAUUUAUUUAAUUUAUUUUUCUUUCCAGGCUGAAGUCAAUUUUCUUGGUGAACUUCUUCACCCGAAUCUUGUUAAGCUGAUUGGAUACUGUAUUGAGGAUGAUCAAAGAUUGCUGGUUUAUGAGUUCAUGCCUCGAGGAAGCCUGGAAAACCAUUUGUUCCGAAGUAUGUGACUUUCUUCUCUUACCGCUCUUAUUUUCCUGGUGUAAGGAAUCAGAAAGUUUAUCGGUUUUCGUAUGCUUUAUAUGAUAGUCCUAAUCUUUCAAUGAGUAGAAGGUAUAUCUUAUUUUUCCUUCUGUGGUAUUAGAUGAAUACAGAGGUACUAAACGGGCUGAAACAUUACCCAUGUAGGCAUGCCAGCUGUUCAUGAUAUCUUCUAGUCAUCUAAUAAACCUUAUGGCUCAGAGUAUCCGUCUCUGUCUCUAUGUCUGGUUAACAUUAUUAUGCUGGCCACAGCAACUAUUUCCGUUAUAAUUUCCAACUAGUGAGAUGACUGUUUCAGGGCAUCGCUUUCUUCUUUCUCGUUCUCUAAAAUAUGUCGUCUCUUUUUUAUUUAUAUUAUUGGUUAUUUAAUCGCUUUUUAGUUGUUUUUCUUUUUUCUUUGGUCUUGCCCAGUUAUGAUAUGAGCCUGUCCAGAUUAACUUGUGACUCAAUAUUUUGCUCAUUUGAAGAACUUUUAUUUUAUUGAGAAAAAUAUUGUGAUGGAUUGGAAUGACAUUUUUUUGGAUGAGAUGGGCGAGCAGAAUCUUGAAGGGAGAUGCAAUAAUUUGUAGAUAGUUUUAUAAUGGUUUGGACUCUAGCUCACUUUUUGAGUUAGUUCCUUCUUCCGUGAUCUGAUCUUAUGUCUGCUUAAUCAUUUCUGAAAGCAACAUGUCAUCAGCCAUGCUUUAUUUAACGGUAACAAUUAAAUCGAGGGGGUUUUCACCAUGUACUUUGGUUUAGUUUGAGCCGCUGAUAUGUGUCAAUGUUUUUCAGUUUACUAUCUGAGCGAUGCUCGAUUUUUAUGCUAACGAAUUUGAAGCAUCCUUACAAUCAGCAUGACUCAUAAAAUAGAAACCAGAUUUAUGAGCCAUGAAUCCUUUUAUUUGUAUGAUUACAUGAUAUCUAUUAAUGCUGAUUUGUGCAUGUCUGUAGUGCCCCACGUUUCAACAGCUGUCCUUUGGAGAAGAUUCUUAUAUGCAUUUCUUACUGAUGUUGGAAUCUAUACAUUGUUGUUGAAGUAGUUCAUAUUUCUUCAGAUUGAUGUUCUCCUAGCGUGUAUUUCUCUUACAUGCGGAUGUUUUACCAUCCUUUGGCUUUGGCCAUGUAAUGUACAGAAGGAUCCCUGCCUCUUCCGUGGUCUAUUAGAAUGAAAAUUGCUCUUGGUGCCGCCAAGGGGCUUUCAUUUCUUCAUGAGGAAGCCGAAAGGCUAGUCAUAUAUCGUGAUUUUAAGACAUCUAACAUCCUGUUAGACGCGGUAUGCAGUUCAGCUACUUAUAUCCAGUUCUCCCCCGUCUCCUAUUUUCUCUCCUCAGCUAUUUAUUUCCCUGUGAUUUUGCUUCCAGGAUUACAAUGCCAAACUCUCUGAUUUCGGGCUCGCUAAAGAUGGCCCUGAAGGAGACAAAACUCACGUCUCUACUCGAGUCAUGGGAACAUAUGGUUAUGCAGCUCCAGAGUAUGUCAUGACUGGUGAGUUCAAUGGAUUCAUCUUCUCUUAUAGUUUUUAUAAUAUGAUGCUUUAUGGAAUUGGUUAUUAAUCGAAAUGCUGGUAGCCAUGAGUACUAUUACUAUUAUUAUUAUUAUUAUUAUUAUUACUUAUUAGUACUCAUAAUCAUAUGGGGCAACGUGCCAGAGAGCUUCUCAGGACAUGUGUUGCUUUAGCCCCCUGAACUCUAUUACAUUUUACUCUGCGAAAGCUUCACCCCAGCAUCCCAUUUUCCUCAUAUGGAGUGCCCUUUUGUUCAUUCAUGGCUUUUCAUCUGAGCUCGGUGGCUUGCUUGCCGGGCCCUAUGUCACUUCUCACUGUCACCAAUUUUUUUCUUCUUGAUUGCGUUGACCUUGCUAUUUUUCUCAUGUUUUCAGUCAAUUCCAAGCUUUGCCCAACAUUUGUUUAGUAUUUUAGUGUUGACCCAGAGAUCGGCAUGGUGUGAACGGAAGGGUUAUUGAGAUGAAUAGGGUUACAGGAUCGUAGUUGGUUAUGUCAACAUGUGUCUGAGUUGUGAUAAGUUCAUCUUCUCUUGUCUCUCUGCUGCUGCUCUGUGCUGUGCGUUCAGGGCAUCUGACGUCGAAGAGCGACGUCUACAGCUUCGGGGUGGUCCUCUUGGAGAUGUUGUCCGGGAGGAGGUCCAUGGACAAGAACCGGCCCAACGGAGAGCACAACCUGGUGGAGUGGGCCCGGCCCUACCUCGGCGAGCGGCGGCGCUUUUACCGCCUUGUUGACCCUCGCCUGGAAGGCAACUUCUCCCUCAAGGGCGCCCAGAAGGCGGCGCAGCUGGCCCAUCUCUGCCUGAGCCGGGACCCCAAGGCCAGGCCCCUGAUGAGCGAGGUCGUCGAGGCGUUGAAACCCCUCGUCAAUCUCAAGGACAUGGCUAGCUCCUCCUACUUCUUCCACACCCCUCAGCCGCCGGCGCCGCCGCCCCCCACUCUCCGGCCGCAGUCCUUCCCCAGGCCCGGCUUGAAGACCCAGACCUCCCUCCCCCGGCAGCACCCCAUCAGGAGCCUCUCCUCCCCCAGUUCCCAGCAAACAUUCUGA